AUGGUCAGAAUGAAGAUCAGCGCACAUAAUGGUGCACUACAAAGCUCGCGUUCUAGUCAGCAUUUACCGGAAUCGCCAGAUGUGAUGAACGCUUCAAAUUGGGCAGUUGAGUCAUCUUUGGAAGCAUCGCCAUCGCUCAAGCAAACCAGGCAACUAGAAAGCACCAUUUUGGACACAAUGAAAGAACUGAGAAAUCGGAAUCAUGAACCGUCUGCCGAUAUAGCAAAUUUGGUAUCCUUACUCAACCAAGCACUGACUGCUAUUUCACAUUGGUCAUUACAAGCACAACUGUCGCAGUUGGAAAAUCGAUCUGCGUGGGACUCGAGACUAGCUGUGGAAAAUAGCAUAAUUAAAAAAGAAGUGGAGUUUUUCCGCAACAGGUGUCAAAAUGAAGUACGCCAGACACCGGAAGUUUCAUCCAGACCUGGCUCACCAUCCGGUUUAACGGAAUCGGCGAAAACAACAAAGCCAGCAAAAUCUUCGAUUUUUAAAAAACAGAAAUCGCAUUCCAUCUCAAAUCCAUCGCGUUUGAGGCUUGUGGAAAACCACAAGUCACACCCGCGCAUGCGAAGAACUAGCGAUAACCCAGCAGCUAGUAAUUUUGUUAGGGUAUUUCAUUUGGAAAGGUCAUGA